AUGAAGAAGAUCGUUUCUCAAGAUUUAGAGCACUCUCACACGGUCAAGAUCUUGAGAGACGGUUUACUUCAACUUGACUUGUACCGCAAAUUCAAGCAGCACAAAACGCAGAGCAUGAUCAAAGCGAGGCAGAAUGAAUUUCAUGUUCUUGUUCGACCGGGUUGGCACAUGUGGAGACUGGAGGCGCAAGCUGCAAGAGCUUUUCUCCGCAGGAAACGUACCGAUAUUGGCCUGAUGAAGUCUUGUUGGAAUUCUAUUGUGAAGUUUUGUGAGACUCGAACCUCGAUCUUACAGUUGCAAACACGCAAGCGAACGAGGGCUUUGAUGAGCUCCGCGUUUGCAGCAUGGAAAGUUUUUGUAGAGACAAAUUGGAAGAGAACUGUGCAGGUCAAGUUGGCGUUGGAAUUCUCGUUGAAGAAAUGCUUGGGCUGGUUGCAGUUUGGGAUUCAUCUGAGCAAGACGAGAAGGCUAGUGGAGCAGAAGAUCAGAGCUCGUCACUUGAGCCUCUUGCUAAGAUUCGCCUUUACCGCUCUCAGCACUGGGGCCUCACAUGCUGCUCAGUUAGAUGGAGCACCCAAGGGGCCCAAGUCAACCUACAUGAAGAAGAUGGUCGACGACAAAGGAAAGUUGUUCCUGCGCUUCAGGUUGCUGAAACACUUCUUCUUGUGGAAGGAGCACCGACUGGUCCCCAAGAAGUGGACGAGAGGGAUGGAAGCAUACUGCGGCAUGCUCGACGACGACCAACAGCGAUCGCUGUGUGCUCAUUUCGACGUGGACGUGCAGGCUCUGCUCGACAAGCUGGGACUAGAGCGGGGGGGUCGGAGUGGCAAGCUGCUUCGAGACAUCAUCCUGGAGUGGGCGGGAGGAGCUGAAAACUUCAACUUGAUUCGCUUUCUCACCUUGGUCUGCAACAAGUGGACCGCCGGGUCUGUGCCUUCGGAGCUCAACGUGCAGGAGGUCCGGCUGGUCCCCAGCUACGAGAUGGUCCAGGUAGUUCACGGCGACUACAACAAGGUCAAGAUCCUCCUCCCCGACCUUCAUAGCCGUCACGAGCUGCUCUGCCGCCUCGAACGCUCCAUGGUGAGGUACCUGCCGCCCGGCAUGAGCCCCUCCCCCCCUUCCUCCUGCGAGAGGCUGCAGGCCGCGAGAGAGUUUGUGCUGGAGGCGCUGGGCCUUCACGAGUCCUACCUGGACCCCCGCGGUGACCAUGAGCUGUGGCCCUGCACCUUCUCCAAGAGGAAAGGCAACCCCGCGAGACUCUAUGCUGCUCCGCAAGGUUGGGUGCGGGUCGGCCUGCGGGUGGACCCGAUCCUCGCGAAGCGACACCGGGUGUGGGAGGACUGGAACGUGUGCUAUCACGGGACCAGGAAAGAGCUGGUUGCCAAGAUCGUUGAGAGUCGGAUGCUCCUCCUCCCUGGAGAUCAAAAUUUCAGCGGGAAGCUGGUGAGUGCGGACGAGUACUACCCAUCCUUUAUCGACCUGAGGGACAGAUACGUCAUCGUGCCCAACUCGCACGGUCCUGAUCUGAUCGACAAGCACAGCAGCAGCAACCCCUACCACAGCACCUCGGCUGGAGCGCAGGAGCUGCGGUGGGAGAAGUUCUUCGUCACCAGCCCCUCCAUCGUCUACACGUCCAAGUACUUGGCCAAGACGUUCACAUGGCGGAACAGAAGGGCGCAGUGGUGA